GUCGACGGCCCCGCACGCUGCAACCUGGAGGAGGAGGAGGAGAAGCUCCCGCAAGGGCCCCCAUGCUGAGCCCGUCGCGAUGGAUUUGGUGCAGCGCGGCUACUUGUCUCCGUGCGACCACACGUUCAAUUUCUGGAACGACUACCUGGGCUUGUCCACCCUGGUGGCCCCGCCGAGGCGGCCCCGGAGCCCCGACGCCAUCACGGAGUCCCCGAAAACCAGGUUGGGCUCGGACGACUCGCCCUACGAGCUCUGCGAGCGCAUCUCGCUGCUGCGUCGGCGGCGGCCGCUCGCCGGGGACGGGGACCGCGCGCUCGGCUACGCGGGGAUCGGCUGCCCGCCGAUGUGUGCGGAGGCUCCGGAGGCCCGCGGACGCUGCAAGCGGGCUCCGCGCGGCAAGCCAGACGCCAGGCUGUGCGUGUUUUGCCGCAAUAACGGCGCCCCGGAGGAGGUGUACGGCAGCCACAUUCUGAAGACGGCGGACGGCCGGGUGCUGUGCCCCGUCCUGCGGGCGUACACUUGCCCGCUGUGCGGCGCCAACGGGGACAGCGCGCACACCGUCAAGUACUGCCCGCUGGCCGCCUGCAGGGAGCCGCCCGGCGGGGGGCACGACGGGGUCGCGCCGGCCAGAGGAGGCAGGGCGCCGGGCUCAAACUCUUCUCCUGAAAUCUCCGCCUGUCCGAGGAUUUGGGGGGUAAAAACGAACUUUCGUGACGUUCCCAAACAUUCCCAAUCGCUAACAAGAGACAAAGGCAUCUCGUUUCUCUGAUUGGUUAUCCCAUUUGAACACAAUGAAGUUUAAUCCGGAUCCGAUCCAGAUUGCUUGCACAUUUGGACAAAAUGUAAAUGGAACAUGUUUCAGACAAGAGACCCAAUUUUCCACUUUUUUGUUUGUUCGGAGGGGGGGGGGGGGGGUUGACACAAGUGCUGUCAUAACAUGUUCCAAAACUUGAUCUGUUUGAGCUCAAAUAAUCUUUUGUCAUUUUUUGUUAUGGUUUCCAAUUUCAAAAUGAUGUAUGAUGAAUUGUCAAAUCAAAUUGAAUCCAGAUCAGAUCGUGAUUAUGUGUUUAAACCAAAUAUAAAUGGAACGUGUUGCGAUGGCUUAUAAGAGACAAGAUGUUUAAAUAAUCAUAAUUCCCCUUUUUUUUCCCCACACACGAGUGACAUCAUAAUAUGUUACAAAACAUUCCCUACCAUUUAGACGAGGUCAAAUCCUCUCAUUUCUGUCAUAUGUUCCCUCAUGUUUGAACAAAAUGACCCAAGUGUGUUAUGUUUACACUGUGUUGUCAAACCAAGUUUAAUCCAGUUCUGCACAUUUGAAAGUAAUAUAACAUGUUCCGAUGACCUAUAGAGACUAAAUGUUGACAUAAUCUUUCUGGCCAAUCGUAUCCAAUUUGAAUGAAGUGCCCUAUGUGUACACAAAGCCCAAAACUGUAAUGUCAAAGCAAACUUCAUAAUAAUAAUAUUUCUGUCAAAUCUAAUUCACUUUGAAGUGUGCAAUGUGGACACUGAAAUGUCAAAACAAAAUUUAAUCCAAAUCCCGAUUUACACCAAAUGUAAAUGUAACAUUACAGAGUCAAUCCAGACUAAUCCAGUCUGGAUGAAAGUUGCUGUGUGUACACGUAGUCAGACGCUCUAAUGUCAAACCAAGUUUCAUCCGGAUCUGAUUUAAAUUGCAGAUUUAUGACAAAUGUAAAAUGUUCAUAUGGCGUAUGACACAAUUGUUCAAACAAUAUUUCUGUCAAAUCUUAUCCAACUUGAUUAAAAUGUACUAUGUGUGUACAGUAAUGUCAAAUCAAGUUGAAGCCAGAUUCGAUCCAAUUCUGCACAUUUAAAUGAACUAUAA